AUGAUUAAUCCCUACAAUCUAUUUUCAAAAUUAAUUUAAAUAACUUAUAGAUAUAUAAUUAAUCACAUAAAAUUAGAUUAAUAAAUUAAUGGUGGAUUUACCGAGAGAAUCAAAUGGAUUAUUUAAUUAGAAGAAGAUAAUCAAUAAUGCUUGAAAAUAAAUUUAAACAACCUCAAUAGAUAAAAGAUUUCGUUAUGA